AUGUCCACCCUGGAGCCGAGACCGCCCUAUGCUGAAGCCGAGCUCGCGGCCCUCUAUCCUCCCCAGCUCCGCCUUCAACAGGUCCAGGUCUUCCUCCGCCACGGCGAGCGCACGCCCAUCCAUGCUCGUUUCACAAACACCGGCCUGCCGCCCUUCUGGCCCUACUGUUCUGCCGUUGGCCAACUGCGUUCCGCCGUCCUCGACCCUGGCAAGUCGUUGUCCACCUUGCAGUGGAAGCGUCGGCUCGAGACCUUUGGCGCCCACGACGCCCCCGUCCUUGCCGAGGGCCCCAACGGAGAUGUCGACAACAUCUGCGACAUGGGCAUGCUGACCGACCGCGGGCGAGAGACAACCUUUCAGCUUGGCCAGAGGCUGCGAAGGCUGUAUGUCGACCAGCUCGGCUUCCUCCCCGCCGCCUUCAAGAGCGCCGACUUCAUCUAUCUGCGUGCCACGCCCAUCCCCCGAGCCCUCGAAUCGAUGCAGCAAGCCCUCCAGGGCAUGUAUCCGUCUCACACUCGUGACCGUGACCUCCCGCCCUUGACCAUCGUCACCCGCUCGCCCGCCGACGAGACGCUCUUCCCCAACGACGGCAACUGCCGACGCUUUGCCGCCCUUUCACGCGCCUUCGCCCAGCGCGCCGCCGACCGAUGGAACGACUCGGACGACAUGGCUUUUCUCUCCGCCAAGCUCGGCCGGUGGAUGCCCGGUGACCGGCCCAAGGUGGCCGUCGACGCCCGCCCGCGUCUCAGUGGCAUCUUGGACACCAUCAGCGCUACGAAAGCUCACGGGCCGCAAACCAAGCUUCCUGCCGAGUUCUACGAUCCCAAAGUCGAGCAUGCCCUUGGCAAGAUUGCCGUCGAAGAGUGGUUUGCCGGCUACAAGGAGAGUCGGGAAUACAGGAUGCUCGGCAUCGGCGCAUUGCUUGGCGACGUCGUCUCUCGCAUGGUCGGCAGCGCAGAGCAAGGCAUCGUCGACGAACGGCUCGAAGGGAUGGGCAAUCUCCGCCGGAACGCCAUGACCCCCCGCUUCUCCCUCAACGGGUGCCACGACACCACACUCGCUGCGACGCUCGCGAGCCUCGGCGCCUUUGAGACCGACGCCUGGCCGCCUUUUACCAGCCACAUCGCUUUCGAACUCUUCAGCAGCGCCGAUGGAUCCACGCCAGGGUCGCCCUCGCGUUGGCCAGCCUUCCUCGGCCGUGUCGGCAUGCGUUCGCCUGGCAUCGGCCGCAAAACUACCGCCGACCUGACAAACUCCGAGAAGCAGUCGCUGGAGGGUUACUACGUCCGUAUACGCUACAACGACAGUCCGGUUACCGUUCCUGGCUGCCGGGUACAGGGAAACCACCUUCCGGGAGACGAGUCGUUCUGCACUUUGGAGGCAUUCAAAGCCGUUGUAGACAAAUUCACGCCUCAGAACUGGAGGAAACAGUGUCGCACUGGUCUUGGAGAGCCGGCAUUUCCGACCAAGCCCGAGCCCGCUGGAUAUUAG